AUGGAAGACAUUCCAUGGAUUGAGAAAUAUCGUCCGCAAAAAUUGGCUGAUGUUGUCGGCAAUUCGUUUAUAAUUGAUCGAUUCAAACAAUUGGCAAAACGAGGAAAUUUACCAAAUAUUAUCCUUUCUGGACCACCAGGUUGCGGUAAAACAACGAGUAUUUGGGCAUUAGCGAGAGAACUCCUUGGAGCUCAAUUGAAAGAAGCAUGUUUGGAGUUGAAUGCCUCAGAUGAUAGAGGAAUCGAUGUUGUAAGAAACAAAAUCAAGUCUUUUGCUCAAACAAAAGUAACUUUACCCGAAAAUCGGCAUAAAAUAAUUAUCCUUGAUGAAGCAGAUUCAAUGACUGAAGGUGCACAACAAGCUCUUCGACGUACAAUGGAAAUCUAUAGUAAAACGACUCGUUUUGCUCUUGCUUGUAACCAGUCCGACAAAAUAAUUGAGCCAAUACAAUCUCGCUGUGCAAUUAUUCGAUUUUCCAAAUUAACGGAGGAAGAUAUCGCUGCAAGAUUGCUAAAAGUUUGUGCAGCCGAAAAUGUCAAAUAUGAUAAUACAGGUAUCGACGCGCUAAUCUUUACCGCUGAAGGUGAUAUGCGCCAGGCACUUAACAAUCUUCAAUGUACUAUCACGGGUUUUGGAUUUGUAAAUUCUGCUAACGUUUUUAAGGUUUGUGAUGAGCCACAUCCAGAGAUGAUUAAACAAAUGAUCGAACUAUGUCUUCAUAACAAAGUUAUUGAAGCUGGUGAUAUUAUGCAUAACCUUUAUCAUAUGGGAUAUUCACCCGAAGAUAUCGUAUCAAAUAUGUUUAAAGUUUGCAAAGUGGCAGAUGUACCGGAGUAUCUAAAAUUGGAAUAUAUAAAGGAAAUCGGCUUGUGUCAUGUUCGAAUAUUAAAAGGUUUAACUUCGAUUCUUCAAUUGUCCGGUUUAAUUGCUAAAUUAUGUUCCAAACAAAAACAAUAA